UCCAUCCUCCUCCACCCCUCUUCCAUCCUCCUCCACCCUUCCUCCACCCCUCGUCCACCCCUCCCUCCAGACGGGCAGCGAUGGUGAGCUGUGCCCCCAGCAGGCUGACAGCCUGGGUUCCUCUGGCAGCACCAGCACCCUGGCCUCCUCCGUCAUCGAGGUGGAGGCCAGCCACGCCGAGCAAGGCCUGACCAGGAGCCGGUCAGACGAGGAGGAGGGGGAGGAGCUGUGUCCUCUCAGUCCCCCGCCCACCCUAUCCAUCACCGAGGAGAUCAUGCAGUUCAUCAACCAGAGUCGUGUUAGAGAGGGAUUGGCUGAACUACCCACAGACACGCCUGCAGUCCUGGAAGAACGCGUGGCGCUCCAGACCCCAGACCCCUGCCCCCUGGCAGAGCAGGCCAGCCAUCACAGCUUUUCCUGCCCCCUGAAGGAGGGCGCGGAGCCCCCAGUCUCCCAGGACCACACUCUCCAGCAGGGAGCACAGUUGCAACUGGAGGGGGACAGAGCCAAGAUGGAGGAUGGGGGCUCUCCUCACCAUGUGACCAGUGAGUCAGAGGCAGGAAGUGCAGAGAAUGAAGGAUCCCUAGCUCUAGAUGUUCAUCUGGACGAGAAGGUGGAACGUGAUGAACUAGACACAGCUAAGGCAGGAGAUGAAGAGGAGGAGGGGGAGGAGACGGUCAUCACCCCAACACCACUGUCUCCUGACCACAUCUCCAGCCUCUCAGCCACAGAGGAGGAACUUGUCUGUGACCUGCCCAGAGAAGAGAAGCUCUCCCCAGGGCCGGCGCCAGGCCUGGCCUCCCCUAUCUCCAUCGGUAGCCCUCCCUCCUCCAAAAGAGACAGCCAGAUGACCAGGAGCGACAGGCUGAUCAUUGAGAAAAUCAGAAGCUACUAUGAGGCUGCAGAGGCCCAGGCCGGGGCUGGGGCAGAGGCCGGGGGGGAGGCUGAGGAGACCGAGGGGGCGAGCGACGGCCAGACCCCACGGAGGAACAGCUUCUCCCAGAUCCCCUCAGGGCUGGUCAAAGAGUCCGUGUCUCGUUUCGACGUCUUCGGCCACCAGGACAGCCUGUGUGAGUCUGAGAGUGGGCGCUCAGACACGGGGACAGACCCAGGCCUGCCCUCCCCUCCGCCCCUGGAGCCUGGCCCCCCAGAGGGGCCCGCCGGCAAGGCCUGCUCCACCUCCCUGCCUGCUGUCUGGGCAGAGGAGAGUCAGGACCAGGGCCACACUCCACCAGGCCUGGAGGGGGACUGCAUCUCUGAGGAGACGGAACUAACGAAAGUGUUGAAGAACACGGAGAAGGAAGGCAUGUCCGCCACCACAGACACCACAGAAGAAGAGAGCAAAUGCAGCCUGUCGAAGGCCGACACCACAGAAGAAGUCACCCCCUCCGCGCCCGUAGCCUCCACGAGCACCCAGCACCUCAACGGGCAUGGCCCGGGCGGAUCCAACGCCACAGCAGGCCCCAGAGACCGGAACGAGGCCUCCCCAGGUCCACCAGCACACGCUGAACCCUGGGGAACCCAGAGAGGGCUGGGCUGGACCCGGAUCAGGGAGCCCCCCGCCCCCAGGGGGAGUCUGGAGGGCCUGCCCAGCCAGAUCAGGGAGGGUGACUGGUCCCGGCAGGUGUCCUCCUCCUCCUCGCUGGCCCGUGGUCUGCUGGGGGCCAGCGGGGGAGACGUAGCCGGGAUGGGGCUGUUCGAGGCAGGUCCGGUGGCCCCGUGUCUUCUGGAGAACUCUGAGAGGAUCCUGAGCAAGGUCCAGAUGCUGGCUCGCAUGUACGGAGCCAAGGUGAGCAGCAUGAAGGUUCCUCUUCACCACAAGAUGGCCCCCGGGGGCCGUCCCACCGGGGCCCACAACCACAGCUACGCCUACUCUCAGUACCACAACCGCUUUGAGACCAAGACCCACCACGCCCGCUAUCAGAGCCACACCAACGCUCAGUCUGACACCCAGAGCAAGAGCUUAACCCUGGGGAGGAGCCCCCACUGUCCUCUGACCCCGAGACAAGACAGGAGGACAGAAGAAGGGAAGAUUGGAGGGAUGAAAGAGCGAAGGGCAGAGGGCCCAACAGAUGCCGUCCAAUCAGAGCCCCAGAAAAAGACAGCUGUCCAAUCAGAGCCCCGGGAGAAAAAGGCUGUCCAAUCAGAGCCCCGGGAGUUAACAGCCGUCCAAUCAGAGCCCCUUCUGUACGGCCACAUUCUGGUCACCGAGCAUCUGUCCCAGGCCUGCCAGCAGCAGCUGUCUCCUACCCUCCACCUCCACAACAGCUGCCUGCCCUCUGGAGACACGGUCAUUGGUCAACCCAGGAAUGGAGCCUCGAAUGUGGACUGCACCUCCCAUUCCUCCACCCCCUCCCUGGAUCUCCCCACCCCUCCUUGUACACCUAGAGAGGGAGUGUUCGAGAGCCUUACUGAGAACGCAGAUAAAGAUGUGAAUCUGGAAGCUUCUGAGAGGUCAACAGGAGAGCAGAAGGCGGUCCGUCCUCUGUACUCCAUCAGAGAGGACUCGUCCUCCGCGGGCUGGGGUCCAGAAGCCAGGGAUCCCGGGUUCCAAACCCAGGAGGAAGAGGAGGUGGUUGUGACCCUCCAGCACCAUGACCCAGCCCAGGCCCCAGCUCAGGCCCCAGGGCAGGCUGGAAACGAGGCCCAGACAGACCCACCUCUCCUGGGGGAGAGGAGCAGCUGUGCCCAGGGGCUCUCUGGAGCUCACAGAGUCCCAUCCACACAAGAGCCAAAUAUCCUUACCCCUGACCCCGGCUUCACGGAGAGGUCAAAGUCCUCUCACCUCUGCCGCCUGACUGACCCCCAACACACAGCCCACACACAGCCCUGCCCCCCAGCCUCAGGUCAGCCCUGCCCCCCAGCCUCAGGUCAGCCCUGCCCCCCAGCCUCAGGUCAGCCCUGCCCCCCAGCCUCAGGUCAGCCGGAGGCCUCCAGAGGGAGAGGGUACCCCAUGCCUCGGCCCUGGUCGUCGGGCGGGAGCCCAGCACCCCUCCCCCCUCCCCCAGGAAGCCUGUCUGCACACUCCUUGCCCACCUCCACCCUGCCCUCCUCCACCCUGCCCACCUCCACCCUGCCUUCCUUCACCAGCCAGGAGCCUGCCAGCCUGCCCACCUCCAUCCUGCCUUCCUUCACCAGCCAGGAGCCUGCCAGCCUGCCCACCUCCAUCCUGCCUUCCUUCACCAGCCAGGAGCCUGCCAGCCUGCCCACCUCCAUCCUGCCUUCCUUCACCAGCCAGGAGCCUGCCAGCCUGCCCACCUCCAUCCUGCCUUCCUUCACCAGCCAGGAGCCUGCCAGCCUGCCCACCUCCAUCCUGCCUUCCUUCACCAACCAGGAGCCUGCCAGCCUGCCCACCUCCAUCCUGCCUUCCUUCACCAGCCAGGAGCCUGCCAGCCUGCCCACCUCCAUCCUGCCUUCCUUCACCAGCCAGGAGCCUGCCAGCCUGCCCACCUCCAUCCUGCCUUCCUUCACCAGCCAGGAGCCUGCCAGCCUGCCCACCUCCAUCCUGCCUUCCUUCACCAGCCAGGAGCCUGCCAGCCUGCCCACCUCCAUCCUGCCUUCCUUCACCAGCCAGAGCUCUGCCUAUCUGCCCUCCUCUGCUGGCAGGAGGAACAUGGCCAUGGACUGGGAGCCCAGCUCCACAUUGCCUGCCCCGAGGAGUCCCAACCAGGAUCCGGCCCCUUCAGACCGCGUAUCCUCCAGCCUCUCCCCAGCCUCCAGCCUCUCCCCAGCCUCCAGCUUCUCCCCAGCCUCCAGCCUCUCCCCAGCCCGACGGCCUGUCUCCCAGCCUGGUCAGGAGAUCUGUUCCUCACUGGCUCCAGGAUCAGGACACCCACUAAACUACCAGCCCACUUCCGCCUUCGGCCCCGGCCCCAACCCCAGUCCCAGCCUCCGUCAUCGGUCCCCGUCCCCAGCCAGAGUUCUUCCCUGCUUCUCUCCCACCCCCUCUGCUACAAGGGCUCUUUCCUCUCCCUCCCCUGUAAGGGCUCUUCCCUGCUUCUCCCCCCCUCCCUCUGUCCCUGGCGGCCUCCUGCAUCAGCCAAUCAAUCACCCAGAGCCUUGCCAAGAAGAACGCUCGCCUCCAGGCCAUGCCCCUCGCAGGCGGAGGCCACCCGAGUCACAGCCCUGCCUCCCCUCUCAGAAGGACCUCCCCUUCCCCCAAGCCCUCCCCCGGUUCCAGCGGUCCCCCUCAGGGUCUGCAGCUGCUGACCCUCCCACAGGGCUGAACAACAACAACAACAACAACAACGGCGGCGGCGGCGUUGCUAACGGCGGGGUGGCGAGGCCGUUCUCCUCCUCGGAGCCCAGCUCACGCGUCCAGUCCCCUUCCCCUUCUCCAUUCAGCCGGAUCUGCUCCCCUCCCCCCCCCCACCACACAGCCUCGCUGGCCAACAAGCCCCCCAAUCCCAGAAGCAGCAGGUCAAGCUCCUUCAACCCCCUGGGCCUCACCUUGGAGCUGCCCAGGGCCUCCUCAGCGAGCUGCACCACAGGCCCCAGCGCCACCAGCCCACGGAUCAACUCGCCUCCUCCUAUCGGUGUUCCCGCCAACGUCCCCUUCCUCUGCUCCCCUCCGCCCUCCCACAGCCUUUACAGGGCCCUGGGCAGCGACGUCCUCGGCCUGGCCGCCCGCCCCGCCAGGACCGUUAACGGGCGCCAGUCGUGGGGGGAGAGCGGGUUGAGGUCGGGGGGGUCCGUGGAGCUAGAGUCUGGCCUGGUGAGCCCGCGAGGUGGGGCUUCGCGCGGAGGCCCUCUGGCCUGCCUCAGCCCGGGCCCCGGGUCCGGAGCUCAGUCCCCCAGCCGCCUCACCCCAGGGAAGAGCCUUCACAGGGGGCAGCACUUCACCAGCAUCGCCUGGCCGGACAUCCGGGAGCUCCUGACCAGGUACGAUGGAGCGGACGAGCCUGACUGUGGCGCAGUGAGCCCCCCAACCCUCUGCUUCCCCCAGGACCAGGACCCAGCAGAGGGGUCGUGUCGGAGCCAGCUCAUCUGUGCAUACGUGGCCCGGCCUCCCCCUGUCCCAGAGAAGGACACCCCCACUAACCCCCCCGCCGCCCCCCCGAACACGCAGCCUGACCCCCAGGACCCCUGCUCGGCCCAGGCAGCUAGGGGCUCACACAAGGCCAGCUACGCCACCACGGUGAACCUGCAGAUCGCAGGCAGCGGCCGCAUCACCUCCUUCAGCACGGCCCAGGUGAGCCUCACCCAGACCCUGGCCCCCCUGGGGCUGACCGUGGGGCCGGGAGACAGCCAGGGACAGAGGAGGGUCAGCAUCAACGGAUGCAGCCUCUCCCCCCUCCCCCAGAACUGCAGCAGGAUGUGA